AGCCAGGCUGGGAAGCGGGCAAUUUCAGUGUGAGACACAGCGGCGAGACCGAGCGGCGGCUCCAAGCGCGGCGCGGCAGCUCCUCCCGCCCGGGGUCAGUGCCCCGGCGCGCGCACGCGCACCCCCGCCGCCGGAGCGCGCCUCGCGCCGCCCGCUCAGUCGAUCGGUCGGCUGUCUGUCGCCCUGUCGCCGCCACCGUCGCCGUCGCGUGCGCCACUUGAGGGAGCCGCCGCCUCGGGACCCGAGCGGACCGGACCCGACCCCGCCACCCGGGGCCGCCCGGAGCCUAACAGCCGCCAGCGGGGGCGCCGAGCAACUUCGGUUGGUCAGCACGUUGAUGCAAGUUGCCUUUUGCCAUAGCUGCCACCAUGGCUGGCUGGUAGGACCAGCAUUCCCAGCUCAGAUAGUUCAGAAUGACUGAAGAAGCAUGCCGAACACGGAGUCAGAAACGAGCACUUGAACGGGACCCAGUGGAAGACGAUGUGGAGAGCAAGAAAAUAAAAAUGGAGAGAGCAUUGUUGACUUCAGAUUUAAAUGCUGAUGGAGACACGAGAGUGACACCUGAGCCAGGAGCAGGCCCAGCGCAAGGGUUGCUCAGGGGAGCAGAGGCGACAGCCAUGGGCAGAGGCGAAGGGCAGGCAGGCGACGGGCCUGUGGAUAUGCGCACCUCACACAGUGACAUGAAGUCCGAGAGGAGAACCCCCUCACCUGAUGUGAUCGUGCUGUCUGACAGUGAGCAGCCUGCGAGUCCACGAGUGAAUGGGCUGAUGAAGGAGACCUUGAAGGAGACCAGCACCGAGGCCCUCAUGAAAAGCAGUCCUGAAGAACGAGAAAGAAUGAUUAAGCAACUGAAAGAAGAGUUAAGAUUGGAAGAAGCAAAACUCGUUUUAUUGAAAAAGUUGCGGCAGAGUCAAAUACAAAAGGAAACCACGGCCCAGAAGCCUGCAGGCUCUGCUGGGAGUGUUGUGACCACCCCUCCCCCGCUAGUUCGGGGCACCCAGAACAUUCCUUCUGGCAAGCCAUCGCUUCAGACCACUUCGACUCGAAUGCCUGGCAGUGUCAUCCCGCCGCCCCUGGUCCGUGGUGGACAGCAGGCAUCCUCGAAGCUGGGGCCACAGGCGAGCUCACAGGUUGUCAUGCCCCCGCUCGUCAGGGGGGCCCAGCAAAUCCACAACAUCAGACAACAUUCCAGCACGGGGCCACCCCCGCUCCUCCUGGCCCCCAGGGCAUCCGUGCCUAGUGUGCAAAUUCAGGGACAGAGGAUCAUCCAGCAGGGCCUCAUCCGCGUCGCCAACGUCCCCAACACCAGUCUGCUCGUCAACAUCCCACAGCCCUCCCCAGCAUCACUGAAAGGGACGACGGCCACCUCUGCUCAGGCCAACUCCACCCCGACUAGCGUGGCUUCUGUAGUCACCUCUGCUGAUUCUCCAGCCAGUCGGCAGGCAGCCGCCAAGCUUGCGCUGCGCAAACAGCUGGAGAAGACGCUGCUCGAAAUCCCCCCUCCCAAGCCACCUGCCCCAGAGAUGAACUUCCUGCCCAGCGCUGCCAACAACGAAUUCAUCUAUCUGGUUGGCCUGGAGGAGGUGGUGCAGAACCUGCUGGAAACACAAGCGGGCAGGAUGUCGGCUGCUGUUGUGCUGUCCCGAGAGCCCUACAUGUGUGCGCAGUGCAAGACAGACUUCACGUGCCGCUGGCGGGAGGAGAAGAGCGGUGCCAUAAUGUGUGAGAACUGCAUGGCGUCCAACCAGAAGAAGGCUCUUAAAGUGGAGCAUACGAGCCGGCUGAAGGCCGCCUUUGUGAAGGCACUGCAGCAGGAGCAGGAGAUCGAGCAGCGCCUCCUGCAGCAGGGCACUGCCCCGACACAGGCCAAGGCUGAACCUGCCGCCGCCCCGCACCCUACGCUGAAGCAGGUCAUAAAACCCCGGCGUAAGUUGGCGUUCCGCUCAGGAGAGGCCCGCGACUGGAGUAACGGGGCUGUGCUACAGGCCUCCAGCCAGCUAUCCCGGGGUUCAGCCACCACGCCCCGAGGUGUCCUGCACACGUUCAGCCAGUCGCCCAAACUGCAGAAUGCAGCCUCGGCCACAGCCCUCGUCAGCAGGACCAGCAGACAUUCCGAGAGAGCCGUGAGUGCCAGCAAGGGCAACGCCACCUCCAACUGGAAGAAGGCAUCUCUGAAUACAGGCGGGCCCCUCACGUUUGUCAGCCCGAGCUUGGCAGUGCACAAGACCUCCUCCGCCGUGGACCGCCAACGGGAGUACCUCCUGGACAUGAUCCCGCCACGCUCUAUCCCCCAGUCGGCCACAUGGAAAUAGUGCGAGCCGGGCCCACUGGAGAACAGGCUCCCUUCUCCCUCCCACCUGGCCCUGCUACCCUCCAUUUGGGAAGACACCGUGCUCCCCAAGAGAGCGAGCAAGCACCAGCCGCGCUGCAGAAGGGAGAGCUCCAUUUUUGGCUGCAAAGUCUCAUCGCGGCUGGGGGCCCACUUUACAGGUGGAUGAGGAUUAUCACUGGGGGACCUUUCCCAUGGGCUUUCCUCCUUUCUUUGCCUUUAGUUUGCCCAACACCAGCAGAAAAGCAGACCUCGGGGGCUGGUUCUGUUCCCGGCCCUCCCCUUGCCCCCAACAGGGUGCAUGUACGGCUCACCCUGGACACUGUGACAUGCUUGGGCAAGACUGGCGCCCUGGGCUUCUGAAGUCGAGCGGACCGUUGUUUUGUUUUUGCUUUUCCCCAUCUUAGCCUCCCAGUCUUCGACUGCCUUCCUUUACGGCAAUCUCUAGGUUAACAGAUUUUUUUUUAAAUCACCUCAUGAUGAUGGAGUUUAAAGUAAACCUUGCAGACCCAAGGGUCCCUGCCGAGCACGGCCCCCCUGCCCGGUGAGUGGGCCGCUGAUCAACCCUCGCUCCAUCAGAAGGCCUUUGCUGCUGCUCGUCCCAGAGACCCCUGACCUCCCACACUUCGUAGAAGAACAAACCGCAACCCAGACCCAGCCUGGGAGCUUGGGAGCCCCAUGUUGCUGAAUGAGGAGGCAGGAGAGAAUCGGCAGCAACGUCCAGAGCCUGAGCGGGAAAUUGGAGGGGCAGGCUGUUGUGUUUUUGUUAUUAUUGUUGUGGUUUAUUUUAUUAAAUGUUUUCCUUUUCUUUUCCUACUUAUUUUGAUGGACAACAUCCUAAGCUGCCCUGGCCUGUGCUCCUGUCAGGUGUGUUGGCGUGGGAAAGCACCACCACCACCACCUCCCCCACCCCCGACUUCAGGGUUUCCAUUGGGUCUAGUUUAGAACCUUCCUUUAAAGCAGGGCCAUGCUGCCAGGGAUUGCUUUCAGACUUUUUUUUAUCCUCUUUAGAGUCUACAGAAAUGUCUUACAAAGGAUCAGGUCUGCUCUCAGUUUUGUUUUGUUUUGGUUUUUCCCACUCCUUAGAAAUCGGUUCCAUGAGGAAAGGCAGAAGCUGUUGUGUGUGUGCUGUGCACAGGCUGGCUCCACGCAGGUGCAAGGGUGUCCCAUGUGUACGCACAUGUGUGUGGAGAUGGGGUACGCUGCUCCCCACUUCAGCCCCAGCCCUGGUUUUCCUAUUCAUGCAGUUAGGGACUUAAUUUAAAAUCUUUAUUUUGUAGGGCUGCCUUCUUCAAACACACUGCUACAACAUUCUAAUAAAGGCUCAUUUAACCCCUUCUCUCAUGGUGUGUGAAUAUCAGUGUUUAGAAAACAUUUUUGACACGCGGUAGAAGACCUAGUUUUGCAAAAUGUUCUAAUUUUUUGUUGUGUGAAGCCCCAAAUUUCUCAUAGAUUUUUGUUUUGAGUGCAUAACUUAGAUGGGCUGAAGGAGGGGAGGGCGGGGAAAGGUCACUUCCAUUCCAAGAUCCAGGGAUUUUGGGGAAAGGGGGGAAAUUGACAUUCAGGAGCAGGAGGGGGCAAGGGUGUGUUUUUACACCAAAAAAUUAAGAGUAUGCAAGAUUUCUACUCCUUGCAUUUUUCUGUGUGCCUGGCAAAUAAAUACCUGUCUCAUACUACCCUGAGCUGUUAGCCUUCUCUGUUCAGUAACAUGGGCCAGAUUUUCCAAAUCCUCCAAGAAGGAGCAUCCAGGCCAGCCUCUUCUGGCAAACACGUCAGUUCUAUGCAGUAACUUGGGAUCAGGCAUCUGGGGCAAGGUCACCUCUGCACUGGAGGGAUGUGCCACAGCUGGGGUUAAGGGGGUCUGUGACUCAAGGGCCCUGAGCCAACCUGCGUACAUUGGCCCCCAACCCUGGCCCCAUCAGAAUCUCACUCGUCACUGUGCUCAGGAACCACCUCUCCUCGCCUUGCCUGGCUGUACUUUGGGCCUCGGGCUGUUGAAUAGGCCUUGUGAAUUCAGUGCAAACCUGACUGCCACUGUCAGAGGAUGGGAUGGCCAGGCCCUGGCCCUGCCUCCUCCAGCCCAGCAUCCCUGGGAACAGUCCCAUCAGGGGCGACUUAACUGUGAUGUAAACAUAGUUUUUAGAGGGGGGCGAGAACGUGAGAUGCCUUAAUCUUUAGUUCAUUUCUACUGUCUCAAAACUCCUGUCCCCUUUUUUUCUUUAGUUUCCCCCUUUGCAGUGUAACUUCUGUGAUAAGCCCCAGAGGGGUGGUCGUGUGAUGAAAUUUAUGGUGUUACAGGAAAAGGCAUUCUUAAAUACCUCUGGGUGUGGAGUUUGGACAUACUAGGAAAGGAUAUUGACAUUAAUGGUGUCCUCCCAGCAGCAAAGCUCACUCCUCAAAAUUGACCAAGGUGCUGGAGUCGUGGGCUCACCCUGGGAUCCUCGGGGGUGAGAGGACCUGGUUCCCAGGAGCAGUGAGAAUGUGGGAGUCGCCAGUCCCAAAUAAAGAUUGUAAUGGUCCUGAGUUAUCUGUGACACAAACCCCUGACGACAACUGGAAACUUCAAAAUGUCAGCUGCUCUGUAAAUUGUGGUGGGGGGAUUCCCAGCUCAUUCCUCCCCACCUUGAUGGCCAUGUGUGUGUGGACCCACAGGUACACAUGCAUAUGCUCACACAGAUACACGUGUCACUUGGAGCCACCCAUGGCUCUGGCCAUCCUGACCACGUCAGGGGGACUCCGGUCCCCAGUGUCCCAUCUGUGACAACUGAACUUGCACCUUUAACAAGGUCAAGAGUGGCCCUUCUCCCAGGGGUGGCCUCUGGUCCUGUCUGUAUCCGAACACCUUUGUGAAGCAAAAGCUCACCCCAGUGCAGAGGGAAUGAAAGAGGCUACUGAGUACAGUCCUGCUGUUUCUUGUGGCUCCUUGUGUCCCACACCUCACUCCUGUAGACAGACACAGGGCGUAGUUUUCUAUAUAAAUAAUAUAUUCUCAUCACAGGGGUGUAAAUAAUGGAAAAGACAGUCAUUGCUGCUCUGCCAUAGGGUUUUUCUUUGAUGCUGAAUUAUGCUGCACAUGACAUUUGCCUAAAGAACUUGGACUGAGAUUUUUUUAAAAGGACAGCUAAAGUUUUAUAAUCCUUAACAAAGAAAGUGUAAUAGUUACACUAGUGCAGGGUAUUUGGGAGGUGGUUUGUUGGGGGGGGGGGGUGGUUGUUGUCACUUGUAUUUAUUGUGACUCUCAUUCUUUGAUAAUAAAUGUAAAAAAGAAAAAAAUGGCCACCAAACCGGAAUAAAAGUUCCAAUAAACAAAGAGGCUGGAAUCAAUGGCUAUACAUUGUGUCAUGAGGAAGUUUUAGAGUCUGAAGGACAAUAAAGAAAUGGACGAUG